GUUGCGUUUUACACCAUUGCUCCUAUCGAGAAGGAGACGAUUAGAUCCCUACGUGAUACGAUUGAAAACCGUUUGAAAACUCUGGGCAUUGUAGGCCGCAUCUACCUAGCGCCCAAAGACGGCAUUGGUGGCAUCAACUGCCAAAUGGCGGUCCCGGUCGAUCAACUGGAAGCGGUGAAAUCGUUCUUUUCCUCGCUCGAAGUGUUUCAACAAAAGGACAAAUCUAUUCAAUACACCGAAGGACUUCAAGAUACGGAGACGGCGAGCUUCCGAAAUUUGCGAGUGGUUAUCAAAAGAAACGUG